AUCGAGUCAUUGAAAGGUCUUGGUCAACGCUGUAGCAGUCCUUGAACCCUAUUUAGGGCUUUUCGUGGGGGCCGCCUAACUACUCAAGAAUAUUCGGAUUAUUGCAAGACAGCAUUCAAAUAGGUGAGAGCAUAUUUCGGAAUUACGCUGCUUUCUUCCUCUGUAAAGAAAGUAGCGCCAAGGCGCAAGUCUCCGGUUCGAAUCUCCACAAGUGUGAAUUGCAUUGCAAUUCCAACUUUUCACUCGGCUAAUCAGAGUCUUUUUGAUGUGCCUAUGAUCCAAGUUUUUAUCUGUAACGAGCUCACAAUUUUGUAGUUGCUUUGUAUCUAAAACAACAUGCAGAACAGUUGGCUGGUUUUUUCUAAUCUGGGUCACCAUGGUGGAGAUCCAUUUAUCUCUGCAGCUGAGUCACGUUCACCAUUUAGUUAUAUCAGUGAGAGAUGGUUGGGACUUAGCAGCUUAAUUUUUGACAGUGCUCCUUAUCCAUCUGACCAGGUCUAUGUCCAUGGUAAUCUAGGUACUGGACUAGCUCGUGCAUCUUUAUCCCAUAUGACAGAUGGAUUAUUUUUAUGUUUGAUGAAAAGGAGCAAUAGUGACCCUGCUGCCAAUUGUAGGAAAUCAGAUUGGUUGCAAGAAUCUAAUCAUAGGAAAUGGUAUUGUUUCCAUCAAUUUUUUUCUGUAUUUGAUUUUGGUAAAGGAAAUGUGCGAGAAACACAAGCCAGUCACAUAGGCAAAGCAGGUACACUUUCAUUUAUUCUGGAAAGAGUUACCCCACUCAUGUUGAGAAAUCGAUGGAGUGGAUUUCAACAUUAUCCACCUUUUCCUGUAUUCGUUCUUGCAGCUGCAUUUGUUCCUCUGUUGAAUAAUUUAUCCUCCAAAUUAUUGGCUAUUCCAAUUGAAGAUACAACUGCAAAAAUCAUGAAAGGGAGAGAAGAAUCUGUACAAAGUUAUUGCAGAGUGGAACAUAUUGAAGAACACAAUAUGCCACAUCUAACAAAGAAGACAAAUGGAAGUUUCAGACAGGUAGUUGAGCCCAGGACUGGCAUAAACUUUCCAGCAGGUCUGGUCAGUACUGAGUCUGGAAGUGGCAACACAAGUCUGAUAUCCCAGGUGCUUGUUGGGGUUGGUUCUCGUAGUACAACAAUUGCGAAAGUUAAGUCAAUAAAAGUAUAUGCAUUUGGCUUAUAUGUUCAGCUUGAUUGUCUAUGUAACAAGCUUCAGCAAAAAUAUUUUAAUGUGCCACCUGAAGAAUUGAAGAAUCGACCUGAAUUUUUUGAAGACCUAUUGAGACAGGAUAUGUGGAUGACGGUCCGACUUGUGGUACAUUUAAAAGGACUAAAACUUGGUAUGGUGCAGACUGCUUUCAAAUGUGCCUUGCAAAGUCGUUUAAAACGGAUAAAAGGAGUGGCAGAUGAUGAUGGAUUGAAUGCGUUUUGUGAUUAUUUUUCGAAAGAUAUUUCGCUAUCCCCGGGAACAACUAUUGAUUUUCAUCGGUUGCCAGGAGGACACCUAAGGACAGACAUUGAUGGCAAGGAACUCGGCACAAUCUAUAGCCGUGACCUCUGUAGAGCAUUUUUUGAAAUGUAUGUCGGAGAAGGUCCCGUUUCAUCGAAAGCAAAGCAAGAAAUUGGGGACAAUAUUGGUCUUGUUCUUCAAAAAUGUUAAUACGUUUUUCUCAUAUUCUUGAAUGGUAAUUUUUUCCAAUUUUGUAGCGAAGUUCAAUUCAAGAUUACGAGGGGUGCAAUUUUGGUGCUAAAAAGGCAUGUCUUUCAUCCCUAAUAAAAUAGAGUCCAUCAUAUAUUUGGUAUUUACCAUGCAUUAAUGGAACGGACACAAACAUUCAAUACUGGACUAUUUGUGGUGAGAUUAAUAUCUUUAGAAGACAAACAAUUGCCUGUUCAAUCGAAUAUUAUGUCAUCAAAUAUCAGGUGAAGAGAAUUCAGAUACAUGUUAUGUGCACCAGCAUAUUUGCCAUCCAAGUGAUUUUUCGUCCUUCAAAUUUGUCGACAAAACUGUAUUUCUCUUGUAUUUUGAUUUGGCAAGAAGAGAUCGUCUAGGAGGGUACUGACUACAUCUGUGAAUAUAAAGCAGAAAAAAUGUCAUUACCUUCCAUUUGGCAGUAUCAAUUGUACCAAAUACAACAGUUCCUCAUUACAUUUAAUAUUGUUGUAAUAUUAUUAGUUCCUGUCGAGGCAUUCGUGAGGA